GCGGCUCAUCACCGACAGAACACGGCGGGGCGGCGGAAAGUGCAGCUUUUGCUACAACACAGCCGACAAUCCUGAGGGGCAACAGCAACAAAAUACAAGUGGAUAGUUGUAGUGAAUCUGAAUUUCACACACUUUCAACAUAACCAGCUGCCUGUUCGGCUGCCAACUUCUAGUGUGUGUUCUACGUAGCAAUAUUACUGCAGAGAACAACUAUAGUAUGCAACUUUUGUCCUAGACCAGCCCAGCAUCCAUACACAGCAUCCUUCAGAUCUGGUCUCCUAUGUAAUUAGAGAUGAGGUGGAGAAGUACAAUCGGAAUGGGGUAAAUGCACUGCAGCUGGACCCAGCGUUAAACAGACUUUUUACAGCAGGGCGAGACUCCAUCAUCCGGAUAUGGAGUGUCAAUCAGCACAAGCAAGACCCUUACAUAGCAUCUAUGGAGCAUCAUACAGACUGGGUGAAUGACAUUGUACUCUGCUGCAAUGGCAAAACGUUGAUAUCUGCUUCAUCUGAUACUACUGUUAAAGUAUGGAAUGCCCAUAAGGGAUUCUGCAUGUCAACACUAAGAACCCAUAAGGAUUAUGUGAAAGCUCUGGCAUAUGCAAAAGAUAAAGAGUUGGUAGCGUCUGCUGGGCUAGACAGACAGAUAUUCCUCUGGGAUGUAAAUACGCUAACAGCACUGACUGCCUCAAAUAACACGGUCACAACUUCUUCCCUUAGUGGGAACAAAGACUCUAUCUACAGUCUUGCUAUGAAUCAGAUGGGAACAGUCAUUGUAUCUGGGUCCACUGAAAAGGUUUUAAGGGUUUGGGACCCAAGAUCUUGUGCAAAGCUUAUGAAACUGAAGGGGCACACAGACAACGUAAAAGCUUUGCUGUUGAACAGAGAUGGCACACAGUGUCUCUCUGGCAGCUCUGAUGGCACCAUCCGGCUUUGGUCACUUGGUCAGCAGAGGUGCAUAGCAACAUACAGAGUCCACGACGAAGGUGUGUGGGCACUGCAGGUCAAUGAAGCCUUCACUCACGUCUAUUCAGGUGGACGAGACAGAAAGAUAUAUUGUACAGAUUUACGAAAUCCUGAUAUCCGGGUGCUUAUCUGUGAAGAAAAGGCACCAGUUCUUAAGAUGGAGCUAGAUCGAUCAGCUGAUCCUCCUCCGGCAAUUUGGGUUGCAACAACUAAGUCAUCUGUGAAUAAAUGGACUUUGAAGGGGAUUCACAAUUUUAGAGCUUCAGGGGACUAUGACAAUGACUGUACCAAUCCAAUCACGCCCCUCUGUACGCAGCCGGACCAAGUUAUUAAAGGGGGUGCUAGUAUUAUCCAAUGCCACAUUCUCAACGACAAAAGACACAUAUUAACCAAAGACACAAACAACAAUGUGGCGUACUGGGACGUGUUAAAGGCAUGUAAAGUAGAAGACCUUGGAAAAGUGGACUUUGAGGAAGAGAUUAAGAAAAGGUUUAAAAUGGUCUAUGUGCCAAACUGGUUUUCAGUAGACUUAAAAACUGGGAUGUUGACAAUUACGUUAGAUGAGAGUGACUGUUUUGCAGCCUGGGUCUCAGCAAAAGAUGCUGGAUUUAGCAGUCCAGAUGGAUCUGAUCCUAAAUUGAACCUUGGAGGCCUUUUACUACAGGCUCUCUUAGAGUAUUGGCCUAGAACACAUAUCAAUCCUAUGGAUGAAGAAGAAAAUGAAAUGAACCAUGUCAAUGGUGAGCAGGAGAACAGAGUACAGAAAGGAAAUGGUUAUUUCCAAGUGCCACCACACACGCCAGUUAUUUUUGGUGAAGCUGGAGGACGCACCUUGUUUAGGUUGUUAUGUCGGGAUUCUGGUGGUGAAACUGAAUCCAUGCUCCUUAACGAAACUGUGCCACAAUGGGUAAUCGACAUCACUGUGGAUAAAAAUAUGCCAAAAUUCAAUAAGAUUCCCUUCUACCUCCAACCUCAUUCCUCUUCGGGAGCAAAAACAUUAAAGAAGGAUCGACUGUCGGCCAGUGAUAUGUUGCAAGUCAGGAAGGUGAUGGAACAUGUUUAUGAAAAAAUAAUAAACCUGGACAAUGAAUCUCAGACAACUAGCUCUUCCAAUAAUGAAAAAGCUGGGGAACAAGAAAAAGAGGAAGACAUUGCAGUUCUAGCAGAGGAGAAAAUUGAACUCUUGUGUCAGGACCAGGUUUUGGAUCCAAAUAUGGACCUUCGAACUGUCAAGCACUUCAUAUGGAAGAGCGGUGGCGACUUGACUCUUCACUACCGCCAGAAGUCAACGUGAGCCAAGCAUUGGACCCAACCAACCAUUAACUUACUUGAGCUUCCUGUACUGGUUCCAGCUGUAAUGCUCUAGAAGCCCACUGAAACCCUAAGGUAGAUCUGACACUUCUAAUGCCUCAGUGCGGACAGAGUCUACUUGAAGUGACUAAUAAAUCUGUAAUAUAGACAAAUCUGUAUGACGUAAACUAAAGUCUGUCCUUCUCAAGGUACAAGUAAGAGUGCUAUGACAAGCCCUUGAGCGAUUCCUGUUCUGAGGUGUACAGAGACCAGGUGAUCCAGUGCAGGUGUUUGUGGGGUUAUUUUUAUUUCCAGGAUUAUCAUACCUUCAUCUGCUCAAGCUUGAUAUGUAAACACUUUCUCAGCCCUGCUGCUAACUCAUUCAUAGUGUAAAAACUGCAUGUGCUGUACUUUGUUCAUACAUUCCAUGUAGUAAACUUUGGCCACUCCUCAAGACAAAUCUACUUCAAGAAAGAACUAUCUUGUACAGUCGAGUAGAACUGUCUCUGUAACUCCAGUUGAAGGGGUUAAAUUCCAUCCAACAGUGAUAUUGUAAGAAACCAUUUUGUAUGUGGAUUGUGACCCUAGAAAGCGUGUGAUCACAGGGUCGCUGUAAUGGUGCAGUGCAUCAUGAUGGAAUAUUUCAACAUCUUUAACUAGACUUUUAAAAAAGCUAACUUCUGUAGUCCAUUUUUUCUUAAGACGGCACACUGAUCACAAUUCCAAGUAAUUGUGCUUUACAUGUAACAUCUUGGCAAACUCAAGAAACUUUGCAGUAAAUACCAUAGUUUUGUGGUAGCAAAAAGAACUUGCAGGUUUUCCUCCAAUGGUUUUUAUAUGCAUUUUCGAUAUUUUUGUUGAUGUUGUAAGCUGCAUAAAGCUUAGAUUUUCUUUUCCACUGUUUCUAAAAACAUUUUACAGCUUUUUCAUAUUGUCAUUAGAAUCUAACUUAUUGUGGAAGGGAGGGAUGGGACCCUCGAGUGUCUGGGCAAGAAAGCCAAGCCUUGCAUUCAGUGUAUAACUGGAGCACACGCAUCCUGAUGGCAACAUGGUAUAAAGCAGUUCUUAUUUGGAACAGAAGCACAUGUCUCUAAGAGGCACUAAGGGUGAUUUCUUUUCCACACCCACCCAUCCAAGAGUUGAUCAUUUUUAUCUUCCUUAGUAGGUAAAUUGUGGCUUAAAGAACACCUCUGGGUUUGCUUAACUGAAGCGAGAACAGGUAAGGGCCUUGAUUAAAACAUUAUCUUUGCAGCGUGGGAGCUGCUUCAGUAACUUGUAUAGCCAGGCACCAUGUGGGGAAGGGUAAUUAUUCAGAAUCUGUUGGUACCCAGUGUAGGCAGUAGCCCAGAAAGGAGGAGUAUACUAGUCAGGUCAAAGAGGACAUAGUCGAAGGUGCUGUGGAAAACUAGUUUGAACCUCAAAAAUAGUCUGAUGCCUUUAGAGCCUUUCAGUUCCCCUUGUCCUUUAAAGAAAGCAAACUUUACCCAAAGGAAAUUUCUAUUUUCAAGGGGGAGUGGCUUGUUUUUUCACUGACUGAUAAAGAUAAAACGUGCAGCAUGUCAGUGUCUUUGCGAUAUUUUAAUUGUUUUUUUGCCUUGGCUUGGAAAGGGCAGGGUGUGUGUUCUAUGCACUACUUGGAUUUUUAGAGUGACUGCCAUGCUGCAACCAUAAAAUUUGAAUUGGUACUAAAUCAUUUAGCCACCUGUCCUCCAGAUGACCUGAGUCUCACUGCAUAAGCAACUAACUGAAUUCUAGUUCCGAAUGAAGCUCGCAUUCAGUGUUCCUAUCUUGAGCAUCAUCUGUUUGUAAAUCCUGUUUGUGUGAACAGAAGUCUGGUUUGCCACAGUGCAUACUUGUUGAAUUCAUUGGUUAAGCUGAAUUGUAAAUUAUCCUUAAUUGUAUUUCUUAAUAGACUAUAAUUCUGAAUUUUGUGCUGAUUCAUUUCUCCAUUGGAAGUCCCUUUAAUUCUGCCCUGCUUCCCUUAUACUUUAAAUCAGCCAACAUUCUAAAUUUUAUUUUCUACACUCCAAGAAAUGCAGUUUCAGGAAAGACAGAUAGAGGGCCUGCAAUGCCAAAAGGACAAAUACAUAUUUCGCAGUUGUAUAGAAAUAAUAAAACAUCUUUAGCUAA